AUGUCUCCUGAUGAUCCCAUUGGAAGUCGAUUGGGUUUAUCUUCAAUUUUCGUAGCACCAUUGGAUGCUGUGGAAGCUCUCUUUCCAGAAACGACGAGUCAAACCAGUUCGCAUAGCAGCUAUAGUGAUAAUAAUGAUUGGAAUAAAUUUGACGAUAGUUCGAACACCUCAGAGGUGUCACCUGGUAGAACAAAGCUAUCUAACUGUCAAUUAAAAGAUCUCAACGCUACAGAGAAUACUCCCUCAGCACCUCCAACAGGUUCGAAGCGUCGAAAGCAAAUCCUUCCUUCUCGUGCUGAUAAUUCUACUGAUUCUCAUUGUGUUGUACAAAGUGAACACGAGAAGGCCCGUAGUUGUCAUCACAAAAGUAAACAUCGUAAUCGCAACAAGCAUUCUCAAUGUGAUAUGAUAGAGAAAUGUGGAUACGGCGUUAGUUCUUCUUGCACAGUACCGAACUCAAAUGAUGGUCAUGAGUUAUCAAGUGUCACUUUAACUUCAUUGCCUGUCAAAAUAACGUCUAUCGAAGAAUUUCAAUCAGGGACACCAACUAUUCCUGGAAUGCACCAGAUACACUGUCAACGUAAGAUACUUCACUUAUCCUGGCACCCGAAGAAAUUCCUUACAGUAGCUCUAUCGGGCAAUCAGAUGUUUCUUGUUUCAGGUCAGCCGACAUUUAGUGGUACAUUGCCCUCACAGAAGGAUUCGAGUCGUUGCUCAUCCUGUUUAUCUAAGUCAACUGACGAUGAGAACAACAUACCUAGUGGACAUUGUGAAACAGGCUAUAUCAUCUGCGUAUUCUAA